GGCAAACUCUUUUCUUCAUCCCGAUAAGUUACUGCGUAAAUUCAAAGUAUUCUAUUUAUAAGUAACUUGCAGUAUUUGAAAGUUUUACCUAUACUAACCGAAAGCUAGUAUUUGCCUUCCUCUUCAGAACUCAAAAUCGAAGGAGUUUUUGACAUCUAUCGGAAACGUUUGAAAAUAAAACGAACCAAGGAAAACACUGCAAGAUCAUUGCCAAUUUCUUCGUAUCGCUUGUUGGACACUAAGACCUGGUACGCCAUGCAUGGAGCCUGAUUCCACCACAAACGCUGUACCAAGACCUGGGACCCCAUUUAUGCCUUCCGCUGCUAUUGAACGAGGACCGGAGAUAUACGAAUCUGAAGAUGGACCAAGUUCGUCCAAGAGAAUGAGAUUUGAUAAUGAUAAUCCAAGACCUGGGUGUUCGUGGAUGCCGGACCGUGCCAUUGAUGGAGAGCACGAGGCGUUAGCUGCACCAAGACCUGGGACACCGGUCAUGCCGUCCGCUACUAUCGGAGACGAACCGGAAAUAUACGCUGCACCAAGAUCUGGAACAUCGUUCAUGUCGCCCGCUGCUUUUGAAGACGAACCGGAAAUAUACGCUGAACCCAGACCUGGGACCUCGUUUAUGCCGUCCGCUGAAAUUGAGAAGGAACCAGAAAUUUAUGCUGAACCCAGACCUGCGACCCCGUUUAUGCCGUCCGCUGCUACUGAAGACGAACCGGAAACAUGCGCUGAACCCAGACCUGGGACCCCGUUUAUGCCGCCCGCUGCUAUUGAAGACGAACCGAAAACAUACGCUGUACCAAGACCUGGGACACCGUUUAUGCUGCCCGCUGUUAUCAAAAAGAAAUUGGCGAUAUACGCAGUACCAAGACCUGGGACACCGUUAAUGCCACCCUCUGAUUAUGAGGACGAACCGGAAAUAUAGAUGAAAUUAUGGAAUAACGCUGCUGCUGAAGAAGUAUUUCAUGUUUUUUUUUAGAUUUUCAGCUCAGUUUGGUAUUUUAAUAUAGAUAAUAUAAUAUUUGUAAUUUAUCUAGGACGUAGUUUUAGAUUUCAAUUAGUUCAGGUUUUUCUUUAGAAUUUUUAAAGUGAUAUUAGAAGUUGUAUCAAAAAUAAUGUUAAGCAAAAACACUUAUGUGAGACUGAAAAAUGUUCUACUUUUAUGAAUAAUGUAGUUAUACUGUUAUCACAAGUUCAGUAUUAUAUGUUGUAUUCAAAUAAACCAAAAAUAUAUUCUGAUGGAAAAUGUA